CAAGAACAAGAACAAGAACAGGACGAUUUGUGUUUGCUACUAAAUUCGGCUAAAUUAAUGCUAAUGUACCUAUUGUUAUAUAUGCUUAUUAUCGUAUGCUAUAUUUAUAGGCUACUGUUGUUUUCUAGGUCUAUUACUAAAUACAUUUAAUCUAAUUUAUCUGUAAGCCGCCUUAGUUACUAAGUAAACAUUCGGUAACUGUUGGAACCGUGGUCGUGUUUAGUUAAUGAAGUACCAAGACGAGUUAAACUUUAGGGAACGAUAUAUUGAGUAUAUGCUAAAGAAAGAAAGCUUAGCAGUGGAGAUUUUUGAAAUGGUGCAGAUUUUUUCUUAAAAUUUUAAAUACAUCUUUUUAGUUCAGAUUUGUAAAAGUCCAAACUGCAGUACCAACAGAAAUAUAUAAUAUAGAAAUGUCAGCAGAAAGUGGUGACUACAUGAAACCAGCUUCACAAAUUCCUGGGUUGUCCGACAUCAUGCCAGAGGAUGAAAGCGAAAAGAGGAAGAAUUACAUCAAGUCCACGGAUUCUGAUUACGUGAAGCUAUCCAAGCAAGGAGGAGCCAAGGAUUUGCUUACUAUUAACUCAAAUGUAAAGAACGACGCUCCAGUUGAUUAUCCAAAGUCUGAAUGGUUCGGUCACCAUGGGAUGGACGACCAGGAGCAGCAAAAAACGCUGGCUGAGCGUCAAUGGAAAGCACCAGAUUACAUGGUUUAUUCACAAGAUGCCAAACCAUCAUCUGGGAAUCGUGGUGCUGUAGUUGAUGCGGAGAAGCCACGUGCGCUGACAGCUCGCGAAGAGCGAUUGUUGAUACAAGCCAAAUAUCAAGGAACAUCUGUGCCAUACCAGUCUGAUAAUUUAUCCUACUGGGAAAGGAAAGAAGAACCUCCAUUAAGGAGCAGACGUCAUAAGUAGAUUAUGACGUAACAAACAAAUUGUGAUAAGGCAAACGCCUUCAAGUCUAAGAUUGCACAACAACAGGAUAUUUUAUCAUUUUUAAUUCGGUUUCUGAGCCAUGAACGCCUGGUGCAUGUGUUACAUUCCUUGUCUAACAGAGACACUGUGUUUUCUUUAAGCGCGUGUUACCUACUACAACACAUUACAAGAUUUCUUUACUUUAAUGCGGCAAAAGCCAGCGAGCAUCGGUUUUAUGACGUCAUAUAUCUUAACGUCUUCAGCAUUCAUAUAAAUAUUUAGUGACGUCAUUUGUGUGACGUAUGUCUCGUGUUGGUUCUUUUAGUUGAUUGUUUGAGUUGAUUAUCUUCAGUUGCUAAUGUACAAAGCAACGAAUAAAGUUUCUUCAAUUUUGACGAAUGUA